AUGGUUCACAGGUUUUUUAUUGAGUUUUCUCUUUAAGAUCUUAAAAAAUUAUUAGGAAUUGAUGAGGAUUAAAAUAUCGCAAAUGAAGAAAAAUUUAGCUAAAAUUAUAAUAUAAGGACUUUAGAAUAUAUGCCAAUAGUUUUAAAAGAUGAUAGUAAUUCUAACAGAUUAAAAAUUGAGGUUUAGUAGUUUAGUUUAAAAAAUGAAAAGCACAAUAACUUACUUUUGAAUAGUAGAAUAGAAGAUGUAGAAAUGAAAUUUAAAUAAGUUGUAGCAAAUAAACUAAAUAGAUGUGUUUUAGCUGUAGAUGGUUAUUAUGAGUGGACUGAAGAUAAAAAGAAAAUAUAUGCAAUCAAGCCAAAAUAAGUUAAUUAAAGAAUGUUUUUAGGUGCUCUUAAAAUGAAUGAAGAAGGAAAUUUUGUUGUUUUCACUUAAGAAGGAAAGUGUGAAAUAGGCAAAAUACAUGCUAGAAUGCCACUUUUUAUUAAACAAGAUGACAUUUAAACAUAUUUGUCAGAUGACAAUUUCUCUGAAAUGAAAUAAAAGAUUUCUUAAUACAAUGAAGAGUUUAUAAAGAGUGAAUUGGAAAUCUUUAGAGUUGGAGAAAAUGUCAAUGAUUAAAAAGACAGAUCAAAAAAUUGUCUUUUUAAAUUUGAAGAAUUUUAAAAGAAAUAGGAUUCGAAAGGAAUCAAAAGGUUUUUUUCUGUGAUCCCUAAAAAAGAUACUACAAAAGAAUAAAAGUAAGAUAAAAAUGAUGAUAACAAUAAUCUUUAACAAUAAGAUUAACUAAAAGAAUCCACUUAGAAAAAAAUUAAAAAAAAUUGA